CGCAAUAUGAUGGUCAAUGCUUAUUUGAUGUUGAUGGUGGUCUUGCUGUGGGCUGGAACAUUACCUGUGGCCAGUCUUGAAAAUCAAGAUCAGAUGCGAAGAAUGUUUUGGGGAAAAUCUGUGUGUAAUAGGUAUAUACUACCUGUGAACGCUGUGUGGAUACAGAGAGCUAGAUGUGAGGACAAUAAACAGUUUCAAUGUCCAACAGGCUUUAAAUCCCAGGUUCAGACAACGUGUAGAAACGGAUUAUGGCAUUUGGAACCAACUUGUCAAGAUUGUUACAAGUAUACCAAGGACAGGUUUGCGGCUGUCGAUAUCUUGAACGGAUUCUUAAAUAAAACUCAGGCAGAAUGUGAUGAUUUAUGUUCUGGAAAUGGCCAAUGUAGUUCUUUUGUUGUAAACUUUGCCAAGGACUGCCUUCUGUUUUCACCCCCGAUCUUCUUUGCGUCCUACAACACCACUUUGGCCCAGUGUGUAGAUGAAUGUUCCAAGCUGGACGACUGUUUGUCGUUUAGUCACGUUGGUGGAAGUGGACGAUGUUUUAUUUUUAAUGCUACUAUAAGUAUAGUAAACAACACUGCACCAAUCAGAAGUUUUUCUGGUGAUACCCUAGUAGAAAAAAUCUGUCCAACUAUUCUUUAAAAGUUAUCCUCGAUAUUUGUUAUAUUUAUUUAUUCCUAUUAAAAAUUAUGUAUU